ACGUCGUCGCCGUCGUCUACGUCGUCGCCGUCGUCUACGUCGUCGCCGUCGUCGUCGCCGUCGUCGCCGUCGCCGUCGUCGCCGUCGUCUACGUCGCCGUCGUCGCCGUCGUCGCCGUCGUCGCCGUCGUCGCCGUCGUCGCCGUCGUCGCCGUCGUCGCCGUCGUCGCCGUCGUCGCCGUCGUCGCCGUCGUCGCCGUCGUCGCCGUCGUCGCCGUCGUCGCCGUCGUCGUCGACUACGUCGUCGACUACGUCGUCGUCGUCGUCGUCGUCGUCGUCGUCGUCGUCGUCGUCGACUACGUCGUCGUCGUCGUCGUCGUCGUCGUCGUCGUCGUCGUCGUCGUCGUCGUCGUCGUCGUCGUCGUCGUCGUCGUCGUCGUCGUCGUCGACUACGUCGUCGUCGUCGUCGUCGUCGUCGUCGUCGACUACGUCGUCGUCGUCGUCGUCGUCGACUACGUCGUCGUCGUCGUCGUCGUCGUCGUCGUCGACUACGUCGUCGUCGACUACGUCGUCGUCGUCGUCGACUACGUCGUCGUCGUCGUCGACUACGUCGUCGUCGUCGUCGACUACGUCGUCGUCGUCGUCGACUACGUCGUCGUGGUCGUCGACUACGUCGUCGUGGUCGUCGACUACGUCGUCGUCGUCGUCGACUACGUCGUCGUCGUCGUCGACUACGUCGUCGUCGUCGUCGACUACGUCGUCGUCGUCGUCGACUACGUCGUCGUCGUCGUCGACUACGUCGUCGGCGUCGUCGACUACGUCGUCGGCGUCGUCGACUACGUCGUCGGCGUCGUCGACUACGUCGUCGUCGUCGUCGUCGUCGUCGACUGCGUCGUCGUCGUCGACUACGUCGUCGUCGUCGUCGUCGUCGACUACGUCGUCGUCGUCGACUACGUCGUCGUCGUCGUCGUCGUCGACUACGUCGUCGUCGUCGUCGUCGUCGUCGUCGUCGACUACGUCGUCGUCGUCGACUACGUCGUCGUCGUCGACUACGUCGUCGUCGUCGUCGUCGUCGUCGACUACGUCGUCGUCGUCGACUACGUCGUCGUCGUCGUCGUCGUCGUCGACUACGUCGUCGUCGUCGUCGUCGACUACGUCGUCGUCGUCGUCGUCGUCGACUACGUCGUCGUCGUCGUCGUCGACUACGUCGUCGUCGUCGUCGUCGUCGACUACGUCGUCGUCGUCGUCGACUACGUCGUCGUCGUCGUCGUCGACUACGUCGUCGUCGUCGUCGUCGACUACGUCGUCGUCGUCGUCGUCGUCGACUACGUCGUCGUCGUCGUCGUCGACUACGUCGUCGUCGUCGUCGACUACGUCGUCGUCGUCGACUACGUCGUCGUCGUCGUCGACUACGUCGUCGUCGUCGUCGACUACGUCGUCGUCGUCGACUACGUCGUCGUCGUCGACUUCUUCUUCUGUGAACUGCAAGUUGAAGGUUGUGCUCAUCUUUCACAAGGCUCAGAUGAAGUCUGACAUGUCAGUACCAUGGCUCAAGUUUGUCUUUAACACUGCACAACCCAAAACCCUGGAGGCUGCUCCAGUAUCCCUUGUGGUAGCACAUACAGUAAAUUCUCUUGUCAACCUGUGGUCAAUCAAUGAUUUGCUUCUAGAACAAGUCACCCUAGCAGUAACACAGCACAAUUGGAGCCAGGCUAGGCAUAAUACCAAAACUGCCCAUCACAGGCUAGCCAUCUGCUAG